AUGUCAAAUUUAGUACUUUUCUUACUUGUUUCGUUCACUUGUAAAAUCUUAUCUGCAAGAUUACCUCAUAGCAAUGAACAUUCAUCCUCGAAUGAUGAUUCAGCAAUUGGCCAUAAUAAGGAGGUAGUUGUGACAACCGUUGCGACAACAACAUUAGACUUGGAAUCAACGACGAUGCAACAUACUUUCAAUGACAUGGAUAGUGUUUUGUAUGCGGAAUUGAGUGAAGAUGGUUCAAUGCAUGUUAAACCAGCUGUAACGCACGUGAUUGACGUGUCUUUAUUAUCGGAUGAUUUGGUAACACUUACACAUAUCGACAGGUUAACAACUAAAAAAAAUUUCGAAUCGUCUCAGAAUCAAGAAAUGGAAACUACGAAAAAUUCAAUAAAUUCGGAUAGUUUGAAAAACGGGACAAAUCCGGAAUUGAAGUCAGUGACAAAUGAUUCCAAUAAAUUUCCGGACGAAAUAGAAACAACAACAUGCUGCUAUAAUUUUGAUAUAACGAAUAAAAUUGUUAACUUUCAAUCGAAAUCAAAUCAAGAUAUCGAAGUUAAAAUACUUCAACCUGCUGCUAUAGCGGAAUUUUCGAAGCCUGAACAUGAACCUACGUUAAAAUCAUUAUCAGGAAAUUCCAGUGAAAUGAAUGAUCCAGUGAAAAUGAUAUCUUUAAUCAAAUUAACGAGACAAGGAAACGCAAAUGAUGAAAUAUCAAAAGGUAACACAACAAAUUUACCAAUGGUUUCCGCUUCAAUUGCUUGCUUAAUAGUUUCAAUUUUUUUAAAAAUUUUGUAA